AUUAUAUAGAACACUAAUAAUCCUUCCCCGUCUUCCAACAUUUGCCGACCGAUCGACUACUGCCAAUCCACAAACCACCUGAGAUCAAGCAACUCGCAAUCGACCAUGGAGGGUGUGCCAAAAUUCAAAGAGCGCGAGAAGGCCCUCGAAGAUGACUACAUUCGCCGCAAGGAAGCCGAGAAAUUCAAGCCACCAGCGCCAACUCAGCCCGGGAGCACCCAGCCCUCAAAUCCAGAGCACAAUGUCCAGCCCAAGAAAUGAGCAGUGGGCAUCAUCUGGAGUCGUCGCAGGCUGAAGCUGGUUGACCCCUUCGCAUCAGGCCUGGGCUAUGUAUCAUUAGGCCAUCAAAUCACUCUACAUACCAAGAACCUCUGUCUCGUCUUCUAUACCUCAGUCUCCUCCAUUAAUGCAAGUCAAGAACUUUUCAUACAGUAUCUCGUACUAGUGAGCGACUAUGCCUGCCCUCCAUCUGCAUCUCACGUUGCCUCUCCCGAGCAUCUACUCAGCACCGAUGAAUUCUUUAAAGUUAACCGGACAAGGUAAUUUGACAGUGACGCGUAAAGGAGAGUGCAGGGCUCGUCUGAUGGUGCAUGGUGGAAGGGGUAUUACAGAUAACAUUAGUGGAUAUAUGGAAUAUACAUAUAUGGGGUG